AUGCCUGCGGUGCCAGGGACGUUGAUGAAGCAUAUUGCACCUCUGCAGAAUGUGGGCAGCAAUGAUGCUGAGCGUGGGCGAUUUCCCUACAUGGUCACUGUGAAAACCACGCAUGCACGAAUCCACAAAUGUGGGGGAGUUCUAAUUGCCCCAAGGCUUGUGCUGACUGCUGCACACUGUGCCAGGGAAACUGGCCCGAAUCCUAUUGUUCACAUUGGCGCUUAUGAUGUGAAUGAUGGCAUUAAUAUUGCUGAGGCACCACCAGGUGUUGAGGUUACAAGAGUGGAGAGAAUGUGCUUUCCCCCAGCCUGGAACGGAAACGAGACUGAUGGACAUGACAUAGCCUUGGGAAUACUCCAAAAGGAAAUUAAGAAUGUGGCAAUUCCAAGCCUUCCGCAUGAAAACAACAGCUAUGGGCACAACACAAUAGUGUCUGUGCUUGGAUGGGGCCUUCACGACUAUCACACUGAUGGCAUGGAAGGCACCCGGUUUCCGAGCUCUCUGCGCAUUGCAAUGGAUAUUGCAAUUCUGGAUCAUGCAUUCUGUCCAGAAAACGUGAAGGGAUAUCUCAAGAGGCAUAUGAUUUGUGGCUUCUCAUAUAGCCAAAAUGUGUGCCAAGGUGAUUCUGGAGGGCCACUCCUAAUUGUGGAUGCAGGCAAUGGCAGCUACUCAAGUGGCAACCCUGAAUUGGAUGAAAUUAUUGGAGUCAUUUCCUUCGGAGAUAAGUGCGAUAUUGGGCUGCAGAUGCGUGAUCGAGCAGCCGUCUAUACAUCCGUGGUCAGCUUUCUACCUUGGAUAAGAGACACCAUUUCAGCAGGGAAUAAGUGCCUCAAUUCAUCCAAACAGGAACAGCCAGCAAGAGGAAGAGAGUCAGCUCAAGCAAGAGAAUCGAAUCUGGUCGCUGCAGUGGCUGUGGCUGUGAUUGUGGCUGUGAUUGUAUAUAUUGCUCAAAGUCUUUAUCGGCGGCAUAUGGUAGGUGCUCUGUGA